AUGGAGCGUCUCAACGCUGGAAGGACCUGGUGUGGGUAUGGAACAUGGGAGUUGGCGGGCCGCCACUCAGAGAGUCGAUCAGUGUUUUGCACAGAGGGAAGAGGAGGGAUCGAGGGAGAGGUGAAGAGGCAGAACAAAGAAUGGAUUUCUGAGCUACAGGUGCAGAUAGACAGGCCAAAGACGCUGCUGCAGGAUAAGAGGCAAGAGCUGCAAAGAAAGCUGGCAGUGCUGAAGCUGGAGGUGUGCAUCCUGCGGACGAAGGUGAAGACUCAGAAACUAGAGAGGCAGAGAACAGCUCCAGCAGCCUUCAGCACCCAUGGCCAUUCACCUCCUCUUAUGUCCCCACAACGUGCUGCACCUUCAGGAGGCAGGGGAUCGGCUGAAGGUGGAGGUCCUGUCGUUGGCAUUCAGCAGGCGAUAACACCUCGAGAGCAAAAGGUUACCACACUGGAGCAGGACCUGGAGGCUGCUCAGAGCCAAACCACUGAACGGAAGCAGUCCAAGGUAGAGGUUUUGUGUUCAGUCAGACGGCUCUCGUGUCCACAAGAUGCUCUCCACUGUCAACCAGUUGGUCCUGGAAUGAGGGUUUGGAAGCGCCGCAAAUUGAGGUCAGGACACUUAAAGCUGAGCUUGAUGAGAAGAGGAUUGAAGAGGAGGACAUCCAGGAGCAGACAGCGGAAUGUGUGUGGAGUGCUUCGCCACUGCUGCGGUUCAUCUGUUAAUCAGCUGAUCAGGACGGCGGAGAGGCGACCGUUUGGCCACAGAAACCACUCAUCUGCUGCACUGGAUGCCAGAGAUGAGCAACGCUACGGGGGAAGUUGUGGAGCUGUAGCCGACUGAAUCAUAUCAUCUGUUCAUUUUUAUUUUUAUUUAUUAAUUUUAUUUGUUAGGGACCAUGUACAAUUUUUAACAUAAAUGUUGCCAUUUGAUGCAUUGUACCAGAGUUUGCCUUAGGCUAAUUUACAUCUGCAGUCCCUAGACAGGGCACACUUUAAAUCCAACAGUAAAAACAUGACAACAUCUAACAAAACAACAAGACAGAUCACAAAAACUACAUCAAUAUAAUUUACAUUGUGACACACACACACACACACACACACAACAGUCACACACACUUGUUCUGCACCA